GCAGUGGAUGUUAUCACCCCAUGGAAGAUAAAAUACAACCUCAAGCCUCUCUCUCUCUUCAUCUUUUGUCCUGUGAUCCAUCAUUAUUAUUAUUAUUGGUAAUCAUAUUGGCUAACAACAAAGAAGAAGAACAACCACCGCCAUGGCCUCUGCAACUACCAAGGCCAUCUCAUUCUCUGUCCUCAUUUUACUCUCUCUCUGUUUCCCUUCAACCCCAUCAAAACCCACAGACACAGACCCAAUUCCAACACCAUGGCCUUACCAAUUCCACUCCAUACUCUUCAUGAAUCGCAGUGGAACACUCCAGAAGACAGACCUCUGGUACGACUGGCCUAAUGGCCGCAACUUCAACAUCAUCCAGAACCAGCUUGGCAAGCUCACCUACGACCUCGAAUGGAACAACGGCACUUCCUAUAUCUACACCUUGGAUGAUUCGGACCCAGAAUGUCAGGUUUUGCAUUUUGAGGUCGGACUUCUGAGGCCAAAUUGGCUCGAUGGCGCGGAGUACCUGGGACAGCGCUACAUGGAUGGGUUUCUCUGCAAUGUGUGGACUAAGGUUGAGUUUGUUUGGUACUAUGAGGAUGUUGCUACUAAACGUCCUGUUUUUUGGGUCUUCUAUUCAGGAUAUAGUGCGCAUGUGAUGACAUUUGAGGUGGGAAGGGUGCUUGAAGAUGCUAAAUGGCAAGCCCCUGUGUACUGUUUCAAUGAGGACAAGAGCUCCCUUAUUGAAUCAAUAGCUAGUGCUAGGACUGCUCCGAUCGGAGGUUUUAGGGAGCUCCGAAUGUAAUUAACUUUUAGGAUUUUUAUGGUGUUACCUUCUUUUCACUUCUUUAAACACUUGGCUAGUCAAGAAUCAAUAACUUGGUCUUCCUUUACUUGUUAGUGGUUUGUGUUUUGUUGGUGCAUGAAAAAUGUGAGUUUUGCAUUAUGGGUUGGUUUGGGAAUUGAUUUUUUUCUUACUUAAGAAAAGAAGUGUAAAAAAAUAUAGAGAAUAGAUUGAUUUUUUGGCUUUGGGUA